AUGGGCUCCAGGCGACCUUUGCCAGCGCUCCCAACGACGAGGGCCGAGUACUACUAUGAUCUUCCAAGGUCUCCGGCCAUGUACUCGGCCACGAACCCCUAUUUUAACUCACAAGUACCGUAUUCACCGUUCUCAGAUCAUGGGGCCCCAGAUCUACGUGAAGAGCCCACGUCCAGCGUACCAGUAGGGACGAUGCUUCACAAGGGCUUCUAUGACCUCUUGGCUAUGAUUCCAACACCCUCUCCAUCUCGCUUGCUUUGGGGGCCACCUGCUCCUCCGUCAGAACCGAUCGUAGCUGGUCCCCGAUACGAGCAAAUACCUGCUGGUAUACCCCCAGAAAUAAAGCCCGUCGCGCCGGCUAUCUCUGCGAAUGUAUCGCCUACGGGCCUCAGGAAAGGUCGGAGGAUCAGUAAGGAUAUGGUUUCACACCCAACGGGGUUCAUACACCUGGUGCAUGCGUCUGAUGCAGACCAGGCCGAGGCCCUCCUCACGCGUUGGGGGCCUGAUGGACUUGGCAAACUUGGAGAUCCGCGGUGGGCAAACCCCAUCAAAGAUCGUGUUCGGCAGAUAAACCAAGUCAGAGCGGUCAACGAGGUGGUCAAUGCGCUUAAACCUUCCCAAGAUAGUCGUGAUGAUUUCAGAGGGCCUCUUCGCGUUGUCAAUGGUAUAAGCUCAGUAACGUCUUCGACUCUCACCACUGCUGCGAGGGAGAACUUUCGUGUCAACCCCGUUCAUGUGGAAGGGCUUCCAGGACGUCCGGGUAACUCCACUAUCCGCUGGGAAGGUGGCCUCAAGACCCACCUUGAAGGUAAGGAAACGGAGGAGCACUUGCCUACAUCGGAGAGUAAAGAUCUUCUCGAAUUGCCGCCUCCCCCGAAGAAAUUUAUCACCCCAUCGCUCGCCACCCUUGAGAAAGCUGUCUCAGCUAGGAUCUAUUUCGAGAAUCUGUACUUUCCUCUUUUUCGGCAACCCCCGUCACGAGAACAACGGCGUCUUGCCAUGGAAAAGGAUAUGGCCCAAAUGCAACUCAGCGAGGCACAAAAGGAGAAUCUCCGGGCGCGAUGGAGACAAAAUGAAACCGAUUAUCUUCGCGAACGACGCCGUAAGGUCGAUGUAAGCGCCUUUAUCAAGUUGAAGACAAUUGGGCACGGUGCAUUUGGAGUGGUCUCCUUGGUGAAAGAACAGCAUACUAACCAGCUUUACGCAAUGAAGCAGCUUCGAAAGGCAGAUAUGUUGCGUAAGGGCCAGGAGGGGCAUGUUCGAGCCGAACGCGAUAUCCUCAAGUCCGCGUCCAUGGUCCAUUCUCCUGGUAGCGCCGAGUGGAUUGUAAAGUUACAUUACAGCUUUCAAGAUAGGGAUAAUCUCUACCUGGUACUGGAGUACAUGGGAGGAGGAGACCUCCUCAACCUCCUCAUCGAGAGAGACGUCUUCGAGGAAGACUUCACGAGGUUUUAUGUUGCAGAGAUGGUCCUUGCUAUCGAAUCAUGCCAUAAGCUCGGGUUCAUCCAUCGGGACAUUAAACCUGAUAAUUUUCUCUUUGAUCCAGAAGGACAUAUCAAACUGAGUGAUUUUGGAUUGGCAACUGAUCUACAUUGGGCGCAUGACACUACGUAUUACGAGCAACAACGCCUACAACUGCUACACAAGCAUGGCAUUGAUCUCGAAGAUAGUAACGGCCUUGCCGAUGGUAGGAAAACGAGGCGAAUGGACCGCAAAGAGGUCGAACUUCUCAUGGGCGGAGAAGGACAGGGUGGUAUCUUCACAUGGCGAGAAAGGAACAGGCGAAAGGUAUUUGCUUAUGCCACCUCUAGCUGCGGAACCAAUUCGUACAUGUCCCCCGAAGUUAUUCGAGGCCACGGUUAUUCCUAUUCUUGUGACUGGUGGAGUCUAGGAGUUAUCAUGUUCGAGUGCCUAUACGGAUUCCCCCCGUUUGUCAGCAAUUCGCGCCACGUCACCCGUCAAAAGAUAUUGAAUUGGAAACAAUCGUUGCGUUUUCCGUCUCGCCCACGUGUGUCGCAUGAGGGAGUCAGCCUCAUGCAGCAACUCCUCUGCGAGCCUGAGGAUCGCUUGGGCUCACAGACAUCGGCAAGUGUGACGCGGCCUGACUCUAUGGUCGUCCAAGCUCGGCGAAGCGGGUUCAUUAACCCGUCAGGCAGUACGACCAGCGUCGACGGUGUUGAGCAGAUCAAGGCUCAUCCGUGGUUCAAGGGAAUUGAUUGGGCUAACAUUCACCGGUACCCUGCACCCUACCGCCCAGAGCUACGCAACCCAGAGGACACAAAGCACUUCGAUCCAGACAUCCCACCCGAACCCCUGGCGCCAGCUAAUGGCGCGCCUGCAGACGCAACCAAAGAUCUCAUGCUUCGCGACAAAGUUCACGGAGCAGAAAUCCUGGAUGUGCGCAAAGCGCUUGCAUUCGCCGGUUUCACUCACAAGAGUCCCCGCGCGAUCACCUAUCUGCGGGCAGACCAGGCCUUCGAGACUAUGCCGGACAUCGACUCCAAUGCAACCGUCAGAGGUCGCCCACGCGUACGGGAAAUGCGUGAUGUUGGUAAAGGCCGCGCCAUCUCGAUGUGA